AAAGUCAUGUCAAAGUGAACCUUUCAAUUUGACCUUUCUUUGCUCCAACCAGAACUUUAUUAGAACCCAAGUUUUAAAAAAGGAGAAAUCUGAACAGAACUUAAUACAUUUAUGACAAGAUCCUCACAACUGUAUGUGUUGAUCAUACGACAGCCAUUACAAGAGAAGAAGGUAACCGGGGAUGCUGGAGCCUAUCCAAGCUACUGUUGGGUGAAGGUAGGACAGACCCUGAACAAGUCUCCAGUCUCUUGCAAAACUACACUUCUACACACAAUCACACACAUCUAGGGGCAAUUUAGAGACACCAGUUGACCGAGGAAGCAUGUUUUUAGACUGUGGGAGUGCCAAAGAAAACCUACACAUUCACGUGGAGAACAUGCAAACUGCACACAGAGAGAACCCAGCUGGGAUUUGAAGCAGGACCUUCUUGCUUUGAUAAAAAUGUAUCUCUGGUAGAAAAAAAAAGUCUUGGUUUGAGUUCCUUUCUUGACUUUGUCCUCCUCAGUUAAGCUUUUUUCCGCUUCAUUUAUUUACAAAGUAUUUGACUCCUUCUUUUUAUUUGUUUUAAAUACAAAAGUUAGAGGUUUAUAAUUCUAUUUAGCCUGCCUCAGCUGAUAACAGACCAGCGCAAAGACAUGUGAGAGAAGGCCAUUUUCAUAUUCCGUAUUUCUUAGUUUGUGACCCACAUUUAAAGUCUGUUCACGUGCCAAAAUAAUAAUAAUUUAAAAAAAAAGACAGAUUUUUUCACUGAUUACAGCACCUGAUCUUAUCAGAGGCCACGCCGCAUGAUUGACACAUUAAGAAAUCAGGACAGCAUGAGCGCGUGCAAAUAUGAGUUCAUAAGAAGUUCAAUCAAACAUAAAUCCUGUUGCUGCCACAAUACAGUAGUAAUAAGACUUGGAUUCAGCCAUUGCACGGAUGGCGCGUGCUCAUGACUGCGUUCUGCUGCGUCAGAUCCAUCAGCGCGCCCUGAUGAAGGGGCGUCACUCAGAGGAGAUCCUGCUCACACUUUCUCCUCCUCGGGGAGCAGAAAGUGGGAGUCGUCGCCCUGAAAGGCUUUGAUGGCUGUGGUCGUCCAACCUCCGCGCGCACGUCCGCAGGUGUGCGCACACGAGGCCGGCGCAGAGCGCAGAGUCGGUGAGGAAGCUGGGGGCCCAGGAGUCUGCGCACCACAGCUCUGUGCACACACAGGCGCGCGCGCCACCCUUCCAACACUUUUCUUCAGCAGAUCGCCCCGCAUUUCCUCCUGUGGAUGCACGCGAGCAGCGCAGCUGGUUAUGUUUCAGAAAGAGUCAGGACAACCUCUGAACCCGUCCACCACUACAGAGAUGCCUUCCAACAGCUUUUCUGCUGCGAUCAUGGAGGAGAGCAACAACAUGACUGCCACCGCGGCGGUGAACAGAAAUACUUGUGGAACUGAAGGUCUGUCCGAAAACGACAGCGGUGUGGAGCUGACCAACGAGAACAGCCCUCUGACGGCGGCUGAACCGCCGUCCCCCCCCUUCAGCCCCAAACACAACCAAGACGCUGCCUCAUCACAAGAUGGUAACUGCUGCUUAAGGGGAAGCAGGAAGAGGAGCAGGAAGAGCCCAGAGGAAGGGGAGCGUACCUGGGACUCCUACAGCGAGGAAAAGCCUCCAGCAGCUUCACAGCUGAGCUUACGGGAGAAACCUCAGCCCAGGACCAUCUACCAGGCUGGUCUGACUCUGCAGAAACACACCAAAGCACGCAGACAGAGCCGCAAAGAGGAGCUCAGCGUGUCUGUGGUCAGCAUUACACAUUUCACCUGUGGCCCUCAGGGGUCUGAAGGCAUCUCUGGUGGGCCCCCGGACACCCCUUGUCUGGAUCUGAUUGAACAAGACUCCAAAGACUCAGCCCAAAGCAGCAGCACCGCGUCUAGCUCCGGAACCCAACCAGAGUACAAUGACAACAAAGGCUUCUGCAUCGGUGAGAUGGUGUGGGGCAAAAUCAAAGGCUUUUCCUGGUGGCCGGGCAUUGUAGUGACCUGGCGAGCCACUGGCAAGCGGCAGGCCAGUCAUGGUAUGAGGUGGCUGCAGUGGUUUGGAGACGGCAAGUUCUCUGAGGUCUCAGCAGACAAGUUGGACUCCAUCACUGCGUUCCCCAAGUUCUUCAGCCAGGCGUCCUACACCAAGUUGGCCUCCUACCGCAGAGCUAUCUUCCAAGCAAUCGAGAUGGCCAGUGUACGAGCAGGAAAGAUUUUUCUUCCUUGUGACUCUGAGAACCUGGAGGAGCAGAUCAAACCCAUGCUGGACUGGGCCAAUGGAGGCUUCCAGCCCAAAGGCAAGGAGGGACUCAAACCCUCACACAGUGGAGCAGAUUCCAACCCGCUGGACCAUCAGCUCCUGAACGUUUCUCUGCCUGAAUACUUUCCUGGUGCAAAGAGGCCCAAAGUUAGUCUCUGCAAGAGCAAGGCCGUCCCCGAAGAGUCGUACUGCAGAGAACAAAUGGUCAAUGAAGUUCGAAAGAAGAAAAUAAACAUAGAAGAGUUCUGUCUCUCUUGUGGGAAUAUGAGAGUUGUAACCUUUCAUCCACUUUUUGAAGGAGGCUUGUGCCAAACAUGCAAGGACGUUUACCUGGAAAUGUCCUACAUGUUCGAUGAUGAUGGCUACCAGUCCUACUGCACCAUCUGUUGUGGAGGUCGAGAAGUCCUGCUGUGUGGAAACGUCAACUGUUGCAGGUGCUUCUGCGUAGACUGUCUGGACAUUCUGGUUGACCCUGGAGCGUCUAACAACGCUCGGUAUCUUGACCCGUGGCGAUGCUACAUGUGCCAGCCGCUGAUGCAGUACGGCAUCCUUAAACGCCGACACGACUGGAAUCUGAAGCUGCAGGAGUUCUUCGCUAAUGAUAACGGACAGGAAUUUGAAAAACCCCAGAUUUACCCAGCAGUCCCAGCGGAGCAAAGAAGACCAAUUCGAGUCCUUUCCUUGUUUGACGGCAUUGCAACAGGCUACCUGGUUCUGAGGGACCUGGGUUUUAAGGUGGACCAGUAUGUGGCAUCAGAGGUUUGCCAGGACUCCAUCUCGGUUGGUGUUGUCAGACAUGAAGGAAAAAUCCAAUAUGUCCAUGAUGUCAGGAACAUCACCAAGAAAAAUAUUCUGGAAUGGGGCCCAUUCGACCUGGUGAUUGGAGGGAGUCCAUGCAACGAUCUCUCAAUCGUCAAUCCUGCAAGAAAGGGCCUUUAUGAAGGCACAGGGAGGUUGUUCUUUGAGUUUUACCGCCUGCUGAGUGAGGCCAAACCUAAGGAGGGGGAGGACCGGCCCUUCUUCUGGAUGUUCGAGAAUGUGGUUGCCAUGGGUGUCAAUGACAAGAGGGACAUCUCUCGCUUCCUCGAGUGCAACCCUGUUAUGAUCGACGCAAUUGAGGUUUCUGCUGCCCAUCGUGCUCGAUACUUCUGGGGGAAUCUGCCUGGAAUGAACAGGCCUCUGUGCGCCUCUGGGAUGGACAAGCUGGAGCUGCAGGACUGUCUGGAGCAUGGCAGAGUUGCAAAGUUUGGAAAGGUGCGUACCAUCACCACCCGCUCCAACUCUAUCAAACAGGGGAAAGACCAGCACUUCCCAGUGCUGAUGAACGGAAAGGAGGACAUUCUGUGGUGCACAGAGCUGGAGAGGAUCUUUGGUUUUCCUGUCCACUACACGGAUGUUUCCAACAUGGGCCGCGGUGCCAGACAGAGACUCCUGGGCCGGUCCUGGAGCGUCCCGGUCAUCAGGCACCUGUUUGCCCCCCUCAAAGACUAUUUUGCCUGUGAAUAACCCCCCUCUCCUCUGACGGCUUCAUGUUUCCAUCAGCUGUCAGCCUGUCACCCUCAAACCAAUAAUGAAGGGAGGUGAUGAUGGAGGCUGCUUUCGGUUUACUUUAAUCUGCAGCUCUACACAACAACAACAACACAACCAGCUGUGCCGUUUUUCUCACCACAGAGGUCCUCCUGGAACAGAUCACAUGACUCUGAGCUGCAGACAGCUGGUCAGCAGAAGGUUCAGUUCUUUUUGGUUUUUGUUUAUCCCAGUUUAAAGGCUUAAUGUUGGAUCAGACAGAACUUCCAAGUGCAAAUGUGUGUCCUGACCCUGCAGGUGGAUGUCCUUCAUCCUCUCCACACCACUGAUCUGAUCUGACAGUUUAGUCAGGAAGCAGUCGAACAUUCAGCGUCACAUCACUGCCAUGGAAGGAUUUUCCUUUCCUUUUUUAAAGGCCGCUUACCAAAAAAAAGGGCCCGUUAAUGGUGCAUUUUUAGGUUAAAAUGUUGAAGUUUCAAUUUAAGUUUCCAGUUUUUUAAACAGUGGUUUGGUAAAAAAAAAACACUAAUUUGUGGGAGUUAGAGCGCUAAAAGUUAACUGUAGAUGUCUAGGCUAGAGCUAAUAUUUUGUUUUAUGGUUACACUUUCAUGCCUUAGUUGAAAAAGACAGAAGUGGUGUUAGCAACAUUGACAUGUUCCAGACAGAUGAGGAGAGCGGUGCAGGAAAUCCCAUGUCUCGACUGCUGGUCUUCGCUCAUGGCUGUUGCUGUGCUGUCACUGUCUGUUGGAAAUGUGAACGGCUGAGACCGGGCUCGCCUCAGUCUACUUCACAUCUUUUGGUUCUCAGUGCAUCUUGAUCUUUUAGACCAAACGUUUUUCCUGGAUCCCAGUGAAGCUUGUUCUUAGCUCCAGGCCGAACGUGUUCCUCUGCCAAGCGCUGGAUCAUCUUUAUUUAGGUACCGUCUGACUUUGACAGCCUCUGAUCUGUCUCCUGCUAGAAGACUGGAAUGAGGAUGGCUGUGGCCAAGUCUGGCUGGACCUGGGCAUUAUCUCAGCUGCAGUGGAGCUCCUCCAUGUCCUGCACUCUUUUUUUUUGUUUUAGCACUGUCGCCAAGCAAAGGCUCCAAUCCUGCUGUUUAACACAAAGUGCACAAAUCUGUAGUAUUCAGAUGCUCUGUCACUAACCCUGACUUGCCUCAGUGUUUAGCUAACUCAGUGUUUUCCACCUGUAACUCAACUUUUAUAACAUUUCAUGGGGUUAAUUUAUAGGAUAUAAUAGCAUAGAAAUCUUGCUUUGCAAUUUUACCAUUGUACUGCAGAAUGUAGAUUGUUCUGUGUAGUUUGCAGGAACAUUUUGUCUGUUAGAGACGUUAUUUAGUUUUUAGCUUUGCAUACAAAAGAUGUAAGUUUUUAUACCAACAACUUUUUGUACUUUUAUAAGAGACACAUUCAAAGACUAUUUUAUUAUUCUCUUUUUAUGUGUCAGUCUGUAGAACAUUUUUCAAAUAUACAUGUUGUUUUUAAAUAUAGUUAAAGAACAGCUUUGUUUGUGUGCUUACAGUAACAUUUUUAUAUCGUUUUUCUCAAUAAAGAGCAGCCUGGCUGCAUAAAACAACAGA